AACACAAAGGAACAAGAAACCAACCAAGGGACUUCCUCUCCCCUGUUUCAUCCGCCGGUGGUUGAAAAACUCUCCAACCGUUUCUUCGCCGCCGUGGAUGAUCACCGAUCCACCGUCGUCAAUCCUUCCAAAUCUCCGGCGAAUCCUUUACACAUGCAGGUUCAACUUCUAUGAACCAAACGAACGCGUACAGAUCCGUCGAUAGAGAUCGGACCGUCAAAAUGUUACCGAGAUCGACUUCUAUGUCGCAGGAGAAGAAUCGAGAGGUUGUUGGUGGCGGAAUUGGAAGCGGAACGGCGUCGAGUUAUUAUUCUGGACAAUCGGAGAAGAAGAUUACGAGAUCUAAUCUGGUGGAUCAGCUUAGAGAGUAUCAAGUUAGAUCGAAGCAUGAUUGGGCGUCUAUGUCGUUUUUUUCGUCGACUUCGAAUUUGUCUAAUUCUUCCAGGGUGGACGUAGUGGUGUUUGUAAUAUGGGAACUUGUGAUUCUAGCUUUUUUCGUUUUCUCUGCAGUUUCAUUGUAUUUCAGGCAUUUGAGACUUGGAUUUGGUUUAGCAACCGUCACAUUGUUACUCCUAUUAUCUAUGAAGGUAACAAAGCGAAUAAAACUGGCCCAGAAAAAGAAACGACGGAUGCUUCUUCCUUUAUCUAUGUAGUAGAAACCAUAAGCUCUUAACAAUUUCAUUAUGUAAAUUGCAACAAGUUUUUGACCAUUUAUACUCUCUCCCACCCUUUUCGGAUUUAUCAUGUUCUGUAAUUGCAGUUUAAGCAAAUGAUUAUAAGAAUGGAAAAUUAUUACGAUCACUUUGAUUC